GCCACAUUGCCACUGCAGCCUGGCUGCCACGUCCACGCCAUGUCUGGCCUUCCAGCUGUGACUAGGAAUGGGGCCACGGGGCAGACUCCUACUCUCGCCUGGCACGGGAUGCAGUGGAGACAGGCGCUGUGAAACCCCCCAUCCUGGAUCCUGGUCGUGGUGAUUGUCACUGUCUCUUUCCGUGGCAUGAGAACAGCCACACGGGGUCAGACCAUAGGGCUCAGUGCCCCCGAGGGAGUGAGCAGAUUACAAGCUGACGCGGGAGAGCGGGACGGAUUUCCCCAUCCCAGUGAUCCCGGCCGGGCCCGACGCGGAGACGGAGAAACUCAUCCGGGAGAAGGACGAAGAGUUGCGGCGGAUGCAGGAGAUGCUACAGAAGAUCCAGAGACAGAUGAAGGACUCCCACUAGCACCCAGCCCUUCCCGCUCUUGCCCCGCUCACAGAAAUGUUUACGUCAAGCCCCAGCUGUCAGGGCCAGCUCUGCUGCUCAGUUCCAAAAAGGCACCCACAGCCUUACGCUGAUGCAAUGGACUCUCGCUGCGCUUUCCUCCAGCGACACACAGGAAAUAAAGGCUGAUCUGCGCCCGAGCUUCUGCAGCUGCCCCUUGGCCCCCCCCCCAUGCCAGCUCUGGCUUGGACUCAGCCUGCUGCCUCGGCGGGCGCCUGCAACCCCCACCUUGCACAUCCGCAGCUGAUUCCCCAAGGUCUGAGUCAGGCUCAGCAAGGAGCCGUUUUCCUCAGGUUGAAUGUGUGGUGGCCGGCUGUCUGCGUGUGGCCGGCUGUCUGCUCGUGACUGGCUGUCUGCGUAUGACUGGCUGUCUGUGUG